UUGCCAUUGCAGCGUUGGCUCCCUCGCCUGCUCCCUCUCUCUCUCUCCCCGCCGCGGCUAUGGUAGUCCACGGACGGCUUCCUUCGCCGAUUGGCCGCCUCCGCCGCCUUGGAAGCCACCGAAGUGGAGCCGCCUCCUCCUCCUCCUCUUCUAAUCCUCCUAAUGCUGAUAUUCUUGCUGGAGUAAUCCACCUUGCUUUUUGGCCAAUGGAAUUCGUGAAACUCUGCUACUUUAUGGUUACAGAUUUGCUUCAUCCCUUGAUUCUCAGAUACUUGGGUGGUCCUUAGAGACCCCAUUCUUUUCUGUGGAGCGCAUCAUUGGGUUCGUCGUUUACUUGGGUAAAGCCUAGCAAGCCACGCAAGUUGAAGUAUCUGGUUAUUCAAGUAUGGUAGCGCACAACUCAUGGACGGUGCACCAAAUCUUUAUGAAUUGCAACAAACUUCCUUUCUCUUACCAUCAUGGCAUCUUCUUCUCUUCUGCAACAUCCUCACCUUCUUUCCCAUGGAUAUCUCCUCUUCAAGUACCGGGAUCCACCUCCACAACCGGCCCAUGCCCUCCCCCCGCUUCUUCGAACAUCCUUGUGGAAUCCCGAAGAAAAUCCAGAUCAAUAUCUCACCAAGAUGCCAUAAAAUUGAUGGACCGGGAGAGAGAUCCACAACGGGCACUGGACAUAUUCAACAUGGUAGCAAACCAAAAGGGUUUCAACCACAACAAUGCCACUUUUGCGACCAUACUUCACAAGCUUGCUCGUUCGAACAAGUUUCAGGCUGUUGAUGCUAUUCUUCAACAGAUGACCUACGAGACCUGCAAAUUCCAUGAGGGCAUCUUCCUCAAUCUCAUGAAGCAUUUCUCGAGAUCGCACAUGCACAAAAAAGUGCUCGACAUGUUCCUUUUGAUUUAUCCAAUUGCCCGUGAGAAGCCCUCUUUAAAAGCCAUUAGUACUUGUCUGAAUUGUCUGGUGGAGUCAAAUCAGAUUGGCCUUGCCAAGAAGCUUCUCUUGCAUUCAAAGAAAGUUUUAAAAUUGAGGCCCAAUUCAUGCAUCUUUAAUAUCCUUAUUAAGCAUCAUUGCAAGAAUGGAGACAUCGAAUCUGCUUUUGAAGUUGUGAGAGAGAUGAAAAUGUCAAAGUGUUCUUACCCAAACUUGAUUACUUACUCCACCCUGAUGGAUUGUCUAUGCAAAAGUGGGAGGGUCAAAGAUGGUCUCCAACUGUUUGAGGAUAUGAUAGCAAAGGACCAGAUUGUUCCUGAUGCCUUGACUUAUAAUGUGUUGAUAAAUGGGUUUUGUCAAAGUGGAAAAGUUGAUGGGGCAAGAAAGAUAAUGGAGUUUAUGAGAAAUAAUGGGUGCAAUCCCAAUGUUUACAAUUUUGCAACCUUAAUGAAUGGGAUGUGUAAACAAGGGAUGUUGCAGGAGGCCAAAGAAGUUAUCGUGGAAAUGAAGGACCUGGGUAUGAAACUUGAUGCAGUUGGGUACACUACUCUGAUUAAUAGCUUCUGUAGAUCAGGAAGAACUGAUGAGGCCUUGGAGUUGAUUAAAGAGAUGAAGGACAUUGGGUGCAAAGCUGAUGUCGUAACUUUUAAUGUGCUACUUGGAGGAUUGUGCAGAGAAGGUAGGUUUCCAGAGGCGCUACAGAUGCUUGAAAGAUUGCCUUAUGAAGGUGUUCAUCUUAACAAAGUAAGCUAUAGGAUUGUGUUAAACAGCUUGUAUCAGAAAGAUGAACUUGAGAAGGCAACAGAGUUGUUGCUCCUGAUGCUCGAUAGAGGGUUUCUUCCACAUUAUGAAACAUCAAAUGAAUUACUGAGUUCCCUUUGUAAGAAGGGAAUGGCCUUUGACUCAGUCAAGGCAUUAUUUGGAUUAGUUGAGCUGGGGUUUACACCAAAGCCUGAUCUUUGGUCCCUUUUAGUUGAAGUGAUAUGCAGGGAAAGGAAGCUACUAGUCAUAUUUGAGUUGCUGGACAAGUUGACUGAACAGAAAGGUAGGAUGCUCCCUCCAACAGCUGAAAUUGAUCAAUGAGAUCUCGUCGAGAAUUGAGAAUGCUGUCACGAUCAUAUAAUUAUCAUAAGCAUUUACUCUUCGUAGACCAAAAAGAGGACGUGCUGCUUGUUUCUGCAUUUAGAAGUCCACAAAUUCGACAAUUUUAAAUGUCUCAGUUCAGUCUCUUGUCUGAGCAGCAUGCUGUGCUAUACCCAAGUGGGUAAAGAAUAUCAUGCACCUCAAGUUUGUUCCCGGUACUAAUAGAGUGAAACAGCGAGACAAGGUAUGUGUGACAGGAGUGCCUUAGACAAUCUAGAAUUUGUGUGGUGAUUUCUUUGGUUCUGCAAGCAGUUGGCACAGAAAAUUGUGUUUCUACUGAUCACCAUGGACUGGGGAUCAGCCCACGAGUUUCUUUCUCCUGCUGGAUCGUAAAAGCAUCGUUUUCUUUGAGCCUGUUUGCCUUUGACUUUGGAAGAUACUUAUCCUGAUCUCUCACUUCUAGAAGCCAUGAGCAGGUCAACUCUAUCGAAUCAAGUGGAGACUGUUAGAGCCACACAAAGAGUUCGCUGUGGGUUUGGUUGUGCUAUGAAGAAGCCUACUUUUCACUGCUGUUCCUUCCACAUUUUCCUUAUUGGUAGUCCAAAGUUGGGCACGCUACAGGCAGAAGCUUUCUUUACACAUAAAUGCCAAUGCAUCUGUCACAGUGUGACCAUUCUAUCCCAUUAGGUUGCCAAUCCUCUGCAUGUAGGAAUUGCGGCAAGCGCAAGGAAUAGGUUUGACAGUUCCCCAAGAUUGUGAUAUCACCUUGUCAUAUUUCCACCCAUAUUUUCUGCACUCCAAACUUCAAAACAUAGCAUUACUUAGUUGCUAUGUUGAAGCUAGCUACAGUAUGUCCUAGUUUCUGAUGCACUGAACAUAAAUUCCUGACCAAGUGCUUAUCUUCAGCAUUACAAGACAGUAUACAUGCUUUUGCAUGGCUUUCUGGGACAUUGCAUUGUUGCACUUCAGCAGAAUCUUUUGAUUAUUCGUGAGCCAGAGAGUUUCAUUCUGAUGGCGGCGACUCGAUUUUGUGCGUGGGCACUCCCAAGUGUCCCCUGCACCAGCACCCUUAGUUAUGUCGAUAUCUAUUUGGGCCCAGAUACAAGAGCGGAAGCAAUACAUUAUGCUGGAGAGUUGAAGGUCCCCGGCAGCUUGAAGGUUCUGUUGAAUUUGUGCGGACACCCUUGGAAAUUCUACUUUUCGUCUCUAUAUUUUUGCUUUUUUAUACAAGUUAUCCUACUUUUAAUAUAUGUAUUCAAGUCUUUUGGCUUUCACGAAUAUUUUAGCAAUUAACUCAUUUUGUAUCGGUUACAUCCUAGACAUAAUCGCUAAAUUGAGAUGCCUAUUGUGAAUCAAAAUGAGGUAAUUACUAAAAAAGUUUUAAAUCUAUUGUAUCGAUGCCAAUUCAAUCCCAAACUAUUCAAUUUGGUCACUUUUGUGGUCGAAAAUCGCUGA